GACACAAUGACAAGUCUAACUCAUCAGCUGUUGUCAAUUACAGUUGUGCUUGGUGCUGUUCAACUCAUCACUGGUUACAGCUAUAACAACUGCAUUGAGGAUCCAUACUCAUACAGAACAAGUUUCAACUGCAUCCGUCGAAAGGAGAAGAGCAUAUCUGCCAUUGUACAUGACCUGCCACCAUCUGCCAUCAAUCUGACCAUCUCAAUUAAUCCUGUCAGCCACAUACCUGAAAAGAGCUUUGCUCAUUUACCAAACCUUCAACACCUCAAAAUAGAUAAUAACCUCUUGAGCAUUAUUGAUGUAUCUGCUUUCAAAAACCUGUAUCAACUCAAGUCUCUGAAUUUGUCCGUUAACAACAUAUCAGAACUCAGCCCCUCUCUGUUUGAGGACCUGCACAACCUCACCUCUCUCUCACUGACCAACAAUAAAUUAAAGCAGCUCCCUGAGAGCAUUUUCUCUGCUGUUCUCAGGCUAGAUACUUUAAUAUUGCGGCAAAACCUUCUAACAAACUUCUCAGAGAUUGCUGAAUCUGUGUCGAACCUAACAAAUCUGAGGACACUAGAUCUUUGCUCUAAUAGUUUGACAAAUCUCAGCCACUCAAAUGUUUCAUUACCCAAAUCCCUCACCGUGUUAUAUAUAUGUAAAAACAAUCUGUCUACGUUAGGAUGUCAACAUUCGUUCCUCAGGCUCAUCAAGCUGCUAGAUUUGUCAUACAAUGUUAGACUCUCCGCGACGGCUUUCAAAGGGAUGGAUUUGAAACAAGUAAACUAUCUGCGUUUGCGUUCAACCAGUGUUGGGGUGGUGGAGUUUUUGAACAUCAGCAACAUCAACGCAGGUCACGUUGAUUUCUCCGGCACUGGUCUAAAAAAUGACACUCUGCUCAUGGAGCUGUGCAGAUUGUUAAAGACAAAGGUGAAGAGGAUUUCAAAUAUGCGCCUGACUUGUAAUGGUAUUAAGAAUCUAACAAACUACACACUGAACAAUUGUCCACAAAUCGAAGGGGCUUUGGAUCUAUCCCGCAAUCAACUGAAAAGCAUAAAGUGUCUUAACUUUCUCAACAACCAGACAUAUAUAAAAAGGUUCGAUUCAGAGCAUAACCAUCUUACCCGCAUCCUGUCGUGUAAAACAAAACACAUGGUUAAGUUCCUAAAACUCGAAGAGCUGAGCUAUCGUUACAACCGCAUUCUGGCUGUCAACUCUUAUGCUUUCUAUCAUACACCAAAUAUCAGGACGCUAAAACUGAACAUAAACACAAUUGCCUUUCUCCAUCGCAAAGCCCUCAAAGGGUUAAAAAAGCUUGAGACACUCCGUUUGGACAAUAAUCUCUUAACUGAUCUGUUCAAUGACACAUUUGAAGAUCAGGUCAGCUUACAAACCCUGAACCUACGCAACAAUCGUAUUUCUGUCAUUUUCAACGGGACCUUCCUCAGUCUCAAUAAUCUGAUUAUAUUGGACCUUGGAGGUAAUAAGAUUACUCAUUUUGAGCCGUAUGGUCUUGAUGGACUAAAAAAUCUUUCCAAAUUCUAUCUCGAUGGAAACAACCUCAAACAGAUUGACACUUCGCUCUAUCAUGUAUUUCAAGAUACACUCACAGUCCUGGAUUUACAAAGUAAUCAGAUUCGCUUCCUCGAUGGAAAUAUCUAUUCACCAUUUUUGAAUCUCAGCAAACUCAGUGACCUGAAAUUAGAUGGGCAGCGGCCCCAUGGCCUCACCCUUUUACCCCGCUAUUUUUUCCGUGGCCUCCACUCACUGAAAUCUCUGUAUCUUACCAACAAUCAGAUCUCUCUUCUUGCUCCUGAUGUCUUUGAUGAUCUGACAGGCUUACAUUUCCUCACACUGGAUAACUGCUGUGUUGGGGUGUUACAACUACAACCAGGAGUCUUUAAAAAUCUAAGGAAUUUAACCAAAUUGAUUUUAGAAAAUACAGCCAUUCAGAACUUCUCAAAGGAGGUUUUUGGUAAUCUCACACAGUUACACACACUGCAGCUAAACCGCAAUGGGAUGCAUAGCAUUAAUGUAGAUGCACUAGAAAGUUUACCUAAACUCCACUACCUCGACAUACGUAAUAUUCCUCUAAGCUGCACCUGCAAGAACAGCUUGCUGCAAAACUGGACUCUAGAUAACCCAAAUGUUCAGGUGGUAUAUCUCCACCAUCUGCCAUGCCAACAUGAUGCAAAACACAAAUUCUACAACUUUGACACCAAAGUCUGUUACAUAGAUUUAGGGGAGUACCUGUUCUUCAGCACAGUCGCUGCAAUCUUUAUAUUCACAGUCACUCCUUUACUUUAUGUCAAACUCUACUGGAAAAUGAAGUACGGCUACUAUGUGUUUCGGUCCUGGUUUAGUGAGCAGUGGCGCAGAAUUAGAGAGGAGGAAGAAAAUUGCAAAUAUGAUGCUUUUAUUUCCUAUAACUCCUCUGAUGAAGAAUGGGUCAUGGAACAGUUGCUGCCCAACCUGGAGGGAAAUGGAUCCUCUUUCAAACUUUGCCUACAUCACAGGGACUUUGAGCCGGGCCGUUAUAUUGUGGAUAACAUUGUCUCUGCUGUAUAUAGCAGUCGUAAAACUAUUUGUGUUGUGAGCAGGAAUUUCCUAAAAAGUGAGUGGUGCUCUCUGGAAAUCCAACUGGCCAGCUAUCGACUUUUUGAUGAGCAUCGAGAUGUUCUCCUGCUCGUCUUUCUGGACUCAAUCUCUGAGAGGCAGUUGUCAUCCUAUCACCGCAUGAGGAAGGUCAUGCUGAAGAAGACUUAUCUACAGUGGCCCAGCUCAGACUGCAUCGACCCGAUUCAGGCACAAGAGCUGUUUUGGAUACAGCUACGUAGAGCAAUGAGAACGGGGAGCAAACUCAAAACAGAAGAAAACUACAAAGGUGAAGAUUGUGUAACUCUUGACAGCAGAGAAACCGAACAUUUUGAGACUUACACAUCAGAUGACAACUAUGACUUGCUACCUUGAAAAGAUUUGAUGAUUUUAUUUGUGGUUUCAGUCAAAUCUCUCAGUGUGUUAAAUGAAUAAUUCAGUUCUCUGCUGCUAGGAGAGGUUCAUGAAAACAUGGUUUGAAUGUAAACUGUGAAUGUAAAAAGCAGCCAGUUUAUUAGGUACACUGAGCUAAAACUAACACAGUCUAAUACAACAGCCCUACAAUAAAUCCUACUUUCAUAAAUGUUGAAAAAGUUUUUGUUGAACCUGGGGUGUUGAUUCAACUGAAUGAUUAUUUUUGGAUGCUGUAGUUUGUGGUGCUGUUGAAUUAUACUUGGUUAUAUACUGAGAGGUGUUUUCCCACUCAAUGAUAUAAAUAGGUUGGAUGAAAGAAAUACAAUUAAAUAUCUCCACAAAUUACAGCCGCCCAAAUGACCAUAAAGUUGGAUUAAGACCUUCAGAAAACAAAUUCAACAAAAACUGAACAUGAUACUUCUGUGUACUGUAAGGGUAUAUUAUUGCAGAGCUUUUGAAUUAGACUGCAUUAGUUUUAGCUAGGUGUACCUAAUAAUCUAGUGACUGAGUGUAUCGUAUGUGAUUAACAAUAACAUGAUUUAUACAGGCAUGAAUCAGCAUUUUAAUUUCUUGUGUGCAAUUUAAUUUUCUAUUUAGCAAUGCUUGAUAUGGCAUUUCACUAUUGCACAAUUGUACAAAUGUGUUUUCUUGCAUUUAAAUGUAACCCACCAACAAAAUAUUAUCAAAUGGCUUUCACAAUAGCACAUUCUUAGCUAAAAUUAUUGCUCUGUGAAUAAUUUCGCAUUAUAGCACCUGCAUUUAUGAAGAUAUGUGUUAA